CUCAACCACAGCAAAAUACUCAUGCGAUAUAUGUUGAUAAUCAGUCGAUUAUUGCCGAUCAUUGAUGAUCGUUUGUGAUCGUUACCUUAUACUGAAAAAUAUUUGUAACAUGGCUGCAAAACAUUCUAUUGAUACUGGAUGUAUUGAUUUGGAUAAUAAAAUCAAUGAAUGGUUAAAGUGGAAUAAGGACCAAAAUGCUGAACAUAAAAUUCGAGAGCUUAUCUGUAACAAUAAUAACAAAAUUUUAUCUAAUUUAUUCUUAAAAAGGCUUGAAUUUGGUACAGCUGGUCUAAGAGGUUGUAUGGGUCCAGGAUUUAGCCAAAUGAAUGAUUUAGUUAUAAUUCAGACUGGUCAAGGUUUAUCAAUGUACUUAUCUGAUGCUAUAGUUGAUAUUGCUGAGAAAGGCAUUAUAAUAGGAUAUGAUGGACGUCAUUGCAGUAAAAGAUUUGCAGAAUUGACUGCUGCAAUUUUUGUGGCAAAGAAUAUAAAAGUAUAUCUUUUUUCAAAAGUUGUUCCAACUCCUUUUAUACCUUAUGGUAUAUUAAAAUAUAAGUGUGCAGCUGGAAUAAUGAUUACAGCAUCUCACAAUCCUAAAAAUGAUAAUGGUUAUAAAGUUUAUUGGGAAAAUGGUGCACAAAUAAUAUCACCACAUGAUAAUAAUAUCCAAAAAUACAUACUUAAAAAUCUUGAACCCACUGAAUCCUCAUGGGAUGUAACAAAAGUCUAUAACAGUUCUUUAUACGUAGAUCCAUGGAAUAAUAUUAUGCAAUCUUACUUUAAUGAUCUUAAAGAAACUGUUUUGUAUCCAGAAGUAAAUAAAAAUACAAUUUUAAAAUUUACUUACACUCCUAUGCAUGGUGUUGGAUAUGAAUAUAUGACUGCAGCCUUUAAUGCUGCAAAUUUGAAGCCAUUUAUAGUAGUUGAAGAACAAAUGUUGCCUGAUCCAGAAUUUCCAACUGUUGAAUUUCCAAAUCCUGAAGAAGGAAAAAGUGCUCUUGAUCUUAGCAUACAAGUAGCAAAUAAAAAUUCUUCUUCAAUUAUUCUUGCUAAUGAUCCUGAUGCAGAUAGAUUAGCUUGUGCUACAAAACUAAAAAAUGAUGAAUGGUAUAUUUUCUCUGGUAAUGAGUUAGGAGCACUCUUAGGAUGGUGGAUGAUGCAUAAAUAUCAAGUACAACAUGCUGAUACAGAUUUUUCAAGUGUAUAUAUGUUGACAUCAACAGUUUCUAGUAAAAUUUUAGCAUCAAUGGCUAAACAAGAAGGAUUUAAUUUUGAGGAAACAUUAACAGGUUUCAAAUGGAUGGGUAAUAGAACUAUAGAAUUAAAAAGUGCAGGUAAAGAAGUUUUAUUUGCAUAUGAAGAAGCUAUUGGCUUCAUGUGUGGUUCAAAAGUUCUUGAUAAAGAUGGUAUAAAUGCUGGAAUGCAUUUAGCAGAAUUGGCAGCCUAUCUUGAAACUAUGGGACUCACUCUUCAUGAAAAGUUAAACGAAAUAUAUACUCAAUAUGGAUAUCAUAUUUCUAAGAAUUCAUAUUGUAUUUGUCAUGAACCAGAUGUAAUUAAGAAAAUAUUUGAAAGGUUACGAACAUACUUUGGUGAACCAAAUACGUAUCCAUCAAGUAUCCUCAAUGGAAAGUAUUCUAUAGUAGGCAUUCGUGAUCUGACAACUGGUUACGACAAUACAAAACCAGAAAAUAAGGCGGUUUUACCUGUUUCACAAUCUAGUCAAAUGAUAACAUUUACAUUUAAAAAUGGUUCGAUUAUAACAUUAAGAACCAGCGGUACUGAACCUAAAAUCAAAUAUUAUAGUGAAUUAUGUGCCUCUUCUAAAGAGCAGUAA